AUGAAGGUCACCAAUAAUACAGUUACAAUUACUGAACUAUUGAGACGGCGUCCUCUUGAAAGGGGACAAACUGUUCAACUAAAAGAUGCUGAUCCAAGUGAGCUUCAGCUUUUUAUUGAAAAGAUGCCCGCCUCUAUCAAAGGUAAGACUAAGAGUAUGAAAUGAAAUUCCCAAUAUUUUGUUUGAUUUUGGUUUUGGAACAAAGAGGCACAUGGUUGAACCUCUAGCUGUAGGUCAUAUAGUGUAUAAAUUCAGGAAGAUCAAGCUUAUGGCGAGAGUUCAGUACGGUGAGUGUAGUUUGGUGGUUAAACCCGUACAAGCAGUCAGACAAUGAUACAAGCAGCCCAAGCUUAUGGUGUCAGGAGUUAGUUAGGUUUUGGUUUUUGAAUUUUAAGGUAUUUGAUUACUGGGAACUAAACCACUCGUAGAUUCAAUGAUACAGGCUGUUGGUGUGGGUAGUUAAAUAAACUGUAAGUUUGUUUGUUUGUUGUUUGUUUUUUUAAAUUUAAGGACGUAUACUGAUCUGUAAGGAAAUAGGGCUGUAAUGUUUAAAAUUUCUAAGUGAAAUAUCCAAACUCAAUGAUGAGUCAGUAAUAAAAACAGAGUUUUAAAAACGGUGUUAAACAAAAUUGCGUUCUAAACGCUAAUAAAUUUGGUCUACUUUCGGCCUCUCCGUGUCUGUUGUGCCGCACAAUAUUAUAAUUGAUAGAAGUAGCGCAAAAUGUAAUGACAUUAAGCAUUAACAGCUUUCUGAACAAAAUGUAGCAGUCAUAUAACACGAAGUGCAACAAAUGUUUAGCGCAAGACGUAACAACUUCUUUUGCGCGAAAUGUUACAAAGCAAAAUGUAACAAAUAAAGCUGUUAAGAAAAAGAAAACCUGUCAAGCGUGUAAGCCUCCUCUUUUAGAAUUAUCACGAGACCCGCCAUUGAAAAAUCUUGGAAUAUUUCUUUGCACACUUUCGGAAGGGUAAAUUAUCGAGCAAUUAAAAUUACGAAACGAGGUGGGUCUAGGAAGGACUAUUUUUUACUCUUCUUCCUGUUCUUUCAAUAGGCUUGCCGUGAUUAGUCGAUUAAAAGCGGCCUCGAAUAAAAGAUCAAUUAACGGUGCUCUGGAAUAAACACCGCCCACAAUAAGAAGAAUGCGGUGUCUAUUUGAGGAUUACAAAAGAAAACUCGUUACAACUGGUAAUCUACACCAUCCAGACAAUUACAAUUCUAUCUUGAAACUUUAUGAAACACUGCGGGCGUUUUUUUAUUAGGUAUGUCACGCUGGUUCCUACAUCCUUGUGCUUAUAGUUAACGUGACAUUGCAUGGUUUUAGAUUUUGGUCAAAACACAUUCGGUAUAUUUUCCCGGAUUACUAAGUCUUGACUAAGAUUUAUCCAGGUUUUGAGUAAAAUGUCCUGCUUCACCUCAGGAUAGGAUAUAGAUUCGGUUUUUUUUUGUUCAGUCUGUGUAAAAGGGACAUAAAUGUCUGUUUUUCGAUACCCCCUAUGUGCCUUAACACAAUAAAGAAUGCAACAGAAAAUUAAAGUUUUUCGUAGACACUUUUCCAGUGCAUGUACUUUUUAUCGGUAUGGAAGUGACGAAGUUUUUACUGUAACUUCUUUUUAUAGUUCAAGAAUUUAGUUGUUAUAUUUUACAUUGUAACUUCAAGGUUUAUUUUUGCUCGGAUUAUUGCCAUUAAUUAGAAAAUAUAAAUGCAGAUUUGUAUUAAUUAUAACCGAUCUGCUUCUAACACAUAUACAGACUAUAAAAUGAGAAAGGUACGAGUGAUUCCUAGUUCUCAGUGACUGAUUUAAUUAACUACAGCAACUAAUAAGAAACAUUCGCAGCUACACAAACUACAUCAACUACUCCAACCUACAGCAACUACACGAACUACACAAACUACACGAAAGCCUUACCACCAGUGUCUCUGUAUCAUUUUACAGUAUUCUUUUACCAUUGCUGAUCCAAAGCAGUAUGUUGAACGCAUGUCACACAUAAAUCUAGUAUCUAGUACCAGUUGUUGUUUAUUCUGUGUGUAGAGGUGUGUCCUCUGCCUUAAAUCCUUUAAGGUACAGUUCGUUUUUUUUCUGUUAUUUAAUUGUCAUAAAAUAUACUCCCUCAGAAAAUAUGGAGGAUCUACGUGGAGCAAGAGUACAAACGCCUACACUUGGUGGAGACUUCCCAGGACCAUCAAGGGAAAUACACCAGCACGAAGCAACUUUAGAGAGGCAGCUCAGAGAGUUGCGGCAACGUGAAGAAAACUUACAAAGACAGCUGAGAGAAAAAGACCAGGAAGUAAAUGAGCUAGAGUUAAGUCUUUCCUUAGCUCAGCAAACAAUAAGUGAACAGCAACAACAGGAAUCAUGCGAUUGGGUCAUUUCCCGCGAUGAAAUUCAACUGACCAACAGAUGCCUUGGCAGGGGAGGCUGGGGAAGUGUUUAUGAAGGCGUGUAUUGUGGCUGUACUGUAGCAGUAAAGCAAAUUCAUGAUCUGAUUCUCUCCCCUCAUAACAUGCUUCUUUUUGAGAGAGAAAUGAAUAUUGCAUCCAAGUGCCGCCAUCCUCACUUGCUUCAGUUUAUCGGCGCCACUAAUGAUGAGGGAAACCCUCUGUUUGUGACGGAGCUGAUGGAGAAAAGUCUGCGAGCUCUGUUAGAGCAGCGACAACUCGCCGAAAUAGAAAUACGCGUAAUUUCUCUGGAUGUAGCCCGAGCAAUUAACUAUCUUCAUCAGAAGAAACCAGAGCCUAUCAUUCACCGGGAUGUGAGCAGUGCUAAUGUGUUGCUAUGGCGACAGGGUGACCAAUGGAGAGGCAAAGUGUCAGAUUAUGGCACUGCUAAUUUCAUGCAGCAGACCAUGACAGUGGCUCCUGGAGCUAUGAUUUACAGCGCACCUGAAGCACUUACAUCAAACCAAACAGUCAAGGUAAGUUUCAGUGAAUUUAGAAUUUUUUUAUUCAGCACUGGUUCAUCAACAUCGUCAGACUUCAAAGAGACGCGUUGCUACAGUCAUCUUGAGCGCGUAGCUACUCUAAGGCCAUGUUGUUCGCUUACGACACGAUAGAAACCCUACUCCACUUUACCCUUCUUUACCUAGGCAUGCAAUUAAAAGGAGCAAAAUAAUGUUGAAUCGGAUAGCCCUGAGCAGAAUGGAAUAGCAAUAUCCCUUGCUGCUUAAGCCCUGGUCAAUCGUUGGUAACGGUGGUAGCUCAAACCAUCACCAUUUGAAUUCAAAUGUACAUGGUCCCAGUAUUAUGGUCGUUUUGAGGUGUUUAUGCCACUAGAAAACAAACUUAAGCUGCAGUCGUCUGUUGUGAUUGAAAUGUUUCUCAUUAGUUCUUCAGUUAAUCAUUUUGGCGACUUCGUAGAUAAAACGAUAGGGUCGGUGUUUUAAACGAAGUCCAACUUAUGUCGCGGUUUAGGAAAUCUUUGGACCUCCAGAUCUCUUCCUGAGUGAGUUCUUUUAAGGUGGCUGAACACAGUUUCGCGGGCGGUCAGCGGUAGUGCAUGUUUUAAAUUAGACAAACAAACAUGGCGACCAAAAAAGCAAUGGUACACAGAAGACGAUUUCUCAAAAUCUGCUCAUCAAAAUUUUGUGAUAUUUGGCAGAAUUUUUACUUUUAUCGUAUUUUAAAUAAUGAGAACUUUAAAAUGGGAGUUGAACAGACUAAUUUUGUAACACAUUUAAUAAUUACAGUACAAUUAUAUUAUUGAUUAUCUGAAAACCGCUCUGCUAAGAUUUGGUCAAAUAAGUUUCAAAUAGUAAUGAAUAAUUAUAGUAAGCUGUGUGCGAGUUAAUAGGAAAAUCUAAAGAGCGAAUUUUAUGUCAACUGAGUAAAAAUGAAAUUUUAAGGGUUGUAUUCAAUCGUUCCCGUUGCCAUGGAAACUACGUUAACGUCAAAUUUUACCUGUCAGUCAAAAUCUUUCAUCACUAUAUUUUUCACUUGCCAAGUUUCAGCUUGUGAGCUGCAACCUUUCUCUUGCCAUAAUUUAGCAAAUGACCUAUACUCAGAAACUGCCAAAACUGUGUUCAGCCACCUUAAGAAGAUAAAUGCUUUUCUUGUCCACAUUAUAUGCUGUAAUGAAACUGUUCACGUUAAAUGGUGUUUAUAUAAAUUAAAAUCGUUCGGCAAACUGAAAAUGGCUUAAAACGCGUUUUUGUUAAACACUGGUUAAACUGCGUUUAGAUAACUGGCCAAUAGAGGGGAACCUUUCUUCAACGACUGCCUUGUGUGAGAGAGUGACGUCCCUGCUUAAAAAGGUGACCAUUGUAAUAAUAUAUUCUCACCGGGGCUAUCCGCAAUCCGCAAUGUCAGUAAUGCUGAUAAGAUAUGAGAGGCUCAGCCCGAGGCGGUAGGAGGGGGUUGCUCCUUUUUCGAUUGCUACAAUCACUGACAAAAGUUUUUGCACAUUUGUCUUCAACAAGCGCUUUAAUGAACAAUUUCUUGCAGUAAAUACACGACUCUAAAUUCCAGCUCCUCCUGGGUAUUGCAGUCAACAAUGGUAAUGCAACAUUUGGGGCGGGGGAUAAACAAGAUUAAUUACGGUGAAAAGACUGAAUCGGGAAGAGAAACUAACCUUGAGUAAGAAACCCAUGCACAAUGCACAGAAACGUAUUACAGGUGGAUUUCCACUGUCGCUUAAUACGCGCGUAUUAAAUAGAGGUAUUAUAUGGAAGGUCACGCGUAAACGAAAACGUAGAACCGCGCUUAACAAGCGUAAAAAUUUGUUUGCGUAUAUGUACGUACGUGAAAAUUACGCGAUAGAGGAAACCCAUCCUUAUAGGAUAGGUACGGGCUAUAGGCGGCGUGCUGGAGUAACAACAUCUUUUUAAAAGACUUUCCUUAUUAAAGCUUAUUAAGGGUGGAUUUCCAUUGUCGCGUAUGUGCGUAAAAUUUACGUUCGCAAAUAAAAAAGAGGCAAUGUUUGAAAGGUCGCACGAAAACGUAAAAUUUGAACCUCGCUCAACUGUGAAAAAAAAGCUCAACACUUUAUAUCUUGCCUCUAUUUUAUUUACGAGAUUAAAAUUUACGUGCUUGUACACGCACUUAAAGAUUAGGCGACAGUGGAAAUCUACCCUAAUUGGCAUCAAAACCAGAAAUACCGAACCAAAAUGUUCUCAAGAAAAAUGUUAGCAAAGUAAGGCGAGUAAGGUACAGUGAGUUCAUCAGUUUGUACAUCGUUCGCUGCUAAAUGACCUUUGUAGAGAGGUUAUUUUGGCCUUUGGGACGCACUUUAGAGGUUUUUGUUGAGAGGUUCAAUAAAAGUAAACAUAUUGUUUGUCCGCUAGGACAAAGAACACAUUUAUCAGUAGAGUUUCGACAGUAGAAGCAGAUAGGCCCAGGGUUCGUACGGGUCCUGGAAAACCUGGAAAGUCAUGGAAAUUUAAAAUUUCAAAAUCCAGGCCUGGAAAACCUGGAAAAUAUGUGUUGGUCCUUGAAAGUCCCGGAAAAUUAGACUUUUCCUAGGACAGUGAAUAAGUUUCUUUUCAUUUUCUUCUCUCAUAUUUUCAAGUUUUUUGUGGGCGACUAAUGAACGUGUACAAUAUUGCAAAAUCGUACCUGUCGUUAAUCCCAAAACCUAACUGUUCAGAGUCUGGGCUCUUGCUACCCCUGCGGUUUUACGGGCUCCCCAUGUUCAAAAAUUUUGUUGUUUGUUUCUGAUUGAGAAUGGCGCCGUUGUUUCAUUCUGUUUUGAAUCAAGUCAAAACGUACUUAAUAGUAUUGUUUCCGGCCCUUUGUGAUUAAGCUGAAUGAACAAUGCCUGGGAAGUGUACUUUCAGCGAAAACUAGACUUCUUACGUGAUAUACAAAGACUGGAUAUUACAAGACUCAAGCUCUCAACACUUUAGCACGUUGUCGCUUGUGCCAAAAAUCAUUGGACUGCUCAAACAUGGGGGAAUCCGCCCUCAGAAGCAGUGCUGUCAACUCUCCCAGAUAUUCUGGGAGACACCAGAUUUUGGACCGUAUCUCCCAGUCUCCAUGUUAGAGUAUGAAAUCCCCCCGCAUAAUCGCCGAAUUUUGCCAUUUCUUGUAGAGUCGACUUUCCGAAAAUAUUUUGCGUUGUUUGAGCUACUUUUAUACUGUUAACAUCGAGCGUUUCCUUGUAAUCUCCCCUAUGCCAUUAAACUAUAAGUGUUGUAAUCAUUUUAUACCGGUACAUGCGAGGAUAAUGCGCGCGUAUAGUCCCAUGUUACAAGGCAAUAAAUCAUCCAUAUUUUCUGUUCAUAACAAUAAGCAAUAAUGUGAUUAGUGGGAAGUAAACCGAUCAAGUCAAAUGUUGUGCAACAACAUCUUUUUCGCGCGUUUUGUGUCAUCGCAAAUUCGUGGCGAUCGGAGUCAACAGUAUCUUUUGCACAAACGACGUCAUGUUCUAUUCGUUAUGACGUCAUCUAUCAUCCCUUUGCUAUGAAUUCUCAAUAUUUGAAGACGUGGGGGGUGGGUUGACAGCCCUGCAGAAGUCACAGGAGAGGGAGUAAGCACAAAGAAUUAGCAGCAUUAAUAGCUGAGCGGUCAGUGCCAAUUACCCAGUUUAUGUCUUCAAAGGCAACAUCUUUAUCUAGCUCUGACAAACCUGAUCCUUUGAUGUCUUGUGGCUUACAUUCCAGCCCUUCAGUACGAGAUGCAGGUGCUGAAACACCAAGCUCAUUUGCUUCUCUUAAAGAAACGGUCGAAAAACAGUCGAAAACCAGUCAGUUAGUAGCACAGCCAAAAAGUUAUCAGAGUUCCUCAAAACGAAAACUUGAAGAAGCUUCUAAAAUUGACAGCGAAAUAGACUAGAAGAUGCAGAAACGUAGCAAAAAUGCUACAUAGUUUGUUGGUUUUGUUUAGAUUGUUUCAGUUUUCCUGGCUAUUACUGGUCCUGGAUUUAUGUAAAUAUGGUCCUGGAAAGUCCUGGAAAAGUCCUGGAAUUUUGAUGGACCUGUGGUGUACGAACCCUGAGGCCACUAAAGAAAUAAUAACCCCACUGUUCUUGUCUACUUCAGUUGUUUUUGGAGGGGGGAGGGUGGGGGUGGAGGUGGUUGCUUAUUAACUUUUCCUCCCUACAGGAUAGGAUGGGUUCUUAUUCGAGAUGGGCGCUACAUUGUAAUUCGAGGCUGGGCGCUGAAUUAAAUAAAUACGAUAUGUGUUAGCCUUAAUAUUCCUUUAUCUCCUGAAUUUGCUAAGGAACAGUCAAAUGGAGACGCGAAUCUAACCCCCUCCCCUCCCCCUUAAUCUACUUAAUUCUUCAGAUCAUCCUCAGCGUCAUCUAAUAAUUGCUAAAUAACUAAGUAAAUAUUUAAAAUGGCAAUAAGUACUGGGUAUAGCUGGUAGUAGUAUAAUAGGAUGCUCUAAGGCAAAUAACAAGAAAUCAUCUGUGUAUCGUUUAUAGGUUGAUGUUUAUAGCUUUGGUGUGCUUCUUUGUGAAAUUUGCAUCCGGCAACUUCCAGAUCCGAGAAGACGUGAACAGCAAGUUCUACUGAUGACGAAUCGCGCCUUAAGAGGCCUGGUACGGCGAUGCCUUCAGACAGAUCCUGAAGCGAGACCAACCAUGCAGGAGAUAAUCGAUGAACUAUCCAGAACUGUGUAA